AAAAAGUAAAAAGUAAAAGUCUAAUAUCUUGAAAACCAGUGACUAUUUUUAGGUGAAAUUUUGUGGAUAUUUGUUUUCGCUUUUUCUGAACAGAACGACAUCACUUUCAUGCCAAUUCAUUAACUUUUUUGAAGAACACAAUGGAUGCCAACCAGAAGUUUUGUUUGAAAUGGAACAACUUCCAAACUAGUGUAACAUCUGUGUUUGACAAUCUGCGGCAAGAUGGAGAACUGGUAGACAUAACAUUGUGCUGUGAAGGAAGGAAGAUAAAGGCCCAUAGAAUGAUGCUGUCUGCAUGCAGUCCUUACUUCAGGGAUCUGCUUAAGGAGAAUCCAUGUCAGCACCCUGUGUUCUUCCUGAAGGAUGCCUCGUUUGUCGACCUGGUGGCUGUGGUGGAGUUUGUGUACAAGGGCGAGGUGAAUGUGACACAGGGACAGCUGGCCAGCUUCCUCAAGACUGCCGAGAUGCUGCAGGUUCGAGGACUAGCUGGAGAUGAUUAUGUGCAACCAGCAACACCUUCAUCACAAGUGCCCACGCAGCAGAAGCAGCACAAGCCGCCUCGGUCGUCCGCCUCGGCGUCAGGUUCCGCGGCACCGAGUCCGUCGUCGGUCCGCGGGCCGGCGGCGGCGGCAGCUGCGGCCGAGCAGCCGUCCGUGAAGAGGCGGCGCGUCUCGGCCGACGGCUCGUCCGACUCGGGGCCGCUGUCGGCCGACUCGCAGCCGGCCGAGUUCGGCGUCAAGCUGGAGCAGCCGGACGGGGAGGAGCCGGACGCCGGCUUCGGGCCGCCGGCGCCGUCCGGAGGCGGCUACGACAUGGCCGGCUACGAGGCCGCCGACGUGGCCGGCUUCCUCAGCUCCGUCGCCGAUCAGGGCGGCGCCGGGGACGUGAUACAACACUCGUCGGCAGGACCUUCGGACGAAGGAGCACAACAAGGCGGCGCCCUGUUCCCCUGCCGGCUGUGCUCGCAGCAGCUGCGCUCGGCCGCCUCGCUGUCGCAGCACAUGGCGCAGCACGCCGGCCGCACGCAGUGUCCCGACUGCGGCCGGGUGCUCAGCAGCAAGCAGCGGCUCAUCACCCACCGCGCGGCCGUGCACGGAGCGGCCGCCGCGGCCCGCCGCCGCCGGCCGGCCGACGUGGCGCCGCUGCCCGCUGGGCUCUCACCAGCACCAUCAGCCGGGCUCUCACCAGCACCAUCAGCCGGGCUCUCACCAGCACCAUCAGCCGGGCUCUCACCAGCACCAUCAGCCGGGCUCUCACCAGCACCAUCAGCCGGGCUCUCACCAGCAACCUCAGCUGGGUUCUCCCCAGCGCCGCCGCCGACUGGGGCCGCCCCAGCGCUGCCCCAGUCGCCAGUAUCCACCUGGGGCUUCAGCUCCGACUGAUGGUCCGGACUAGUAAAGUAAUAUCGGUCCGGACUGCCUCCUCUUGACGGGGCCUGCCCCCCAAUGGCCCGGUGGUUCUGUCAGAUCUAAGACCCCCUAGGGAUGGAGUGGCGCCAACAUCUUACAUGAUGUUGGGUACCCCGAUGCCCAGAAGUGCCGCGAGGGCCAAGGCCAAUUCCUGCCCCAGUACCGCUGGCAGCUGGCAGAGGAUACUGCACGUGACGGGCGGUGUUUGGAGGCUUAUGAUCGUGGAACCUGUAUAUGUCAUGCAUUGUUGUAUGUAUUUACAACAACAGUGUUGCAACAGCAACAGUGUAUUUACAGUGUUGGGUGGAUGUAGACAACAUGCGAAAUUUAUGUUCACUGUGUUGAAGAAUGAUCAAUGUUUUUGAUAUGCUACUGCCAUUUUCAUCAAAUGCUUUCAAAUUUAUGGGAGUCGCUGUUGUAGCUUUUUAUAAUUGAAACUACUGGGAAGGGCAUAGCUGUUUUAGGCGGACGUUUUUAGUGAUGCAUUAUUCGCAAAUCUCAUUAGGUACCGUAAGCAUGGUUUAUCCAAGAGUUGAUUGCUGGACCCAUGCGCUUGGUAGCCCGACAUGGGGGAGUGUACAUGGUAUCCACGGCGUUUUUCUCAGGUAGUCAUUUGUUUGUAAUCCCAAUGCAGGCACCUCGGCAGGAAUUAACGGUCAGUAGGAAGGCACCGUACCAUUUGGGCGUGCUUUUUUCAUACGCUGGCAACAGUUCACUUCCAUUUGUUGUAGCGUCAUCAAGCGCGGUGCAUGGCACAGUGUGGAAUUCGAUGCCUGCACUAGAUCAUCAUGCCGCUAUCAUAUGUGAGAACAUUGGCUGAUAACACUGCAUAUACCUCGGAAGGCUUGCCACUGUUUUUUUUUAAGUUUAGGAUAGCGCUCCAUGCAGUUUGCUUUGCUGCGUUCUUUUUUGCACAUUUGAACAGCUUGCACGGGCUGUCCGUGCGGCUCUACGCCCAUUUGUAGGUACUUAUUCUAUACUGUUCUUUGUAAGUUGUAUGCUUAAUACAUAUUUCCUCGUUUUAUUGCAAAACGGAUUAUUGUUUUAUGAGGAAGCUGACUAUGACUAUGAUUUUGGGACGAUCGACCUAUGACUCGAGGCCGCGCUUGAGUGGGCACCUCAGGCACUUCAGCUGUGGUUACGGGGUGUAUUUAGCCACAUCUGAUUUGAUUGAAAGCUUGAAAAGUAAGAAAGAUACAAGCGAA